GGGAGCCGCAACCGAGGACCCACUCAGUCACCACGAGAUCGGCAAGCCGAAUGGUCAACCGCAUCGGUUCUCCCGCUCGGAAGUCUGCGCAUAGGCCCCGAAGGGAUCGUAACAGGGACACGUCGGUUUUUCGGAUGUCAACUAACGCGACUCGCCGCGGACGCGUCAUUCGAAUUGUGGUAUCGCCAGUGGAGCACGCGGGGCUGAAUUUCCCGACGCCGGACAGGGGACUAGCUGGGUCGCUCGCACGAUGUGGAGAUUUCUGGUGCGCUGUUACGUCACGUUGACAUCGAUCUGACACGCUGAUUUUUCUAUACGAUCAUACGUUUUCUGUCAUUCUCUCGAUCCCUUGACUUUUUCGUUUACGCUGGUCUUCCGCCGAGAACCGUUCUUUCUACGAGUACGCGCGUCUUCCGCUGGUAGUCGUGAUCACCUGUGUUCUCCAAUUCGAUUCGGCACCGAUUUCGAGGAACAUUUACGGUAACGGGGAUAAAUCUGUCGAACCGUCGUCGGACUGAAAGUGCGCGAGUGGAUGCGAGCGAGCAGUAUCGACGGGAGAAGCCGAGGACUCUCCUGCAGGAGUACGAGAAAGAGAUGAUCUUCGAGCUGCUGGUGGCCGGAGCUUUCGCCCUCGCCACACUAAGGCGGUAUUCGGUGGCACAGACGAUUAUCUUGACGAGUCUCACAUUUGUCCUGAGUUUGAGCCUGAAUACGGUCUCAGGUGCACCCGCUUACAGCCUUCGCACCGCCGUAACCAAAUCGAACAAUAUGGACCGCUGGUUGCAGCCGUGUGGCAAUCCGGUGCCGAUGCCGAUCAAGAAGAUGCCGCAGAGGCACAGUGUGCACAGGACGUUGAAAAGGGUGCGGACGCAGCUCAGAGUUGCUCAGAAUCACUUCAGGAUGCAUUUCAAGGAUGUGCAGGACAUAUAUUCAAAGGUGUACAAAGAGCUGAAGGGGCAGUACAGAAUGCCCUGGCUUCCCGAGAAGGAAUUCGAGUGGUAUACCAGGGAGGUUUUGUGUCUUGAAAAAGGAAAGAAAGCUGAUCGUGCGCUUCCUCAUCUUCACGAUUCGCUCCAAAGGUUCGCCAUCACGUUCCAUCAUCUCAGAGCUUUUCGUCUGAAUUCUAACAUUAAUUUUGAUCUCACUAUGAACAGAAGAAACGAGAUCAUUAAACAAAUGCACAAUGAGAUACUUAGGGUGUUGUGCGAAGUGGAGACUGCUAUCUUCAACUUAGGAUUACAAAUACCUACGGCACAUACCGCAAAAAUUGUUACUGAAAGUUCCAACUGGGCCAAGGAAGGGGACUUGACCCACAUGUUAAUUCAGGAUGGGGGUGUUAUAAGAUUGUAUCAAACAUUUUUGAACGCCUGGACCAAAGCCUUCCGAAACGCCACUGCACCUGGGCCAGGCACCUGUAACCCUGCCAGGCCGAAUUCUGGGACGAAGAUCGUUAACAAAGGGCCUGGGUCAAAGGGUAAAAGAGUACCGAAAAUUAAGAAGCAAAACAGGCCAGUUCGGAAGCGCCCUGUGAAUGCUGGUCAGAAUAGUUCCUUGCCUCAGGGAUCGAAAAAGGGCUUUUCAAGGAACAGACUGCUAAGAAACAAACAAAAGAAGUUGCUAGGGGCGUCAUGAAACUAAUGUUGUGACAUUUCUUUUUAUUUCGUCGAAAUUCAUCGUUUACUUUGAAGAGGUUAACAGGCAAUCUUGACUUUAUAUUGAAGAAUCUUUCGUUUUUCAUAGAUCUGAAUGCUGCAAUUGUUUGCAAUCAUCUGUUACUUUGAAAACUAGGAAUCACCUUUUGAGUUUCCCUUAAAAUGAUUUCUUGGAUCGGGAGUCUUGCUUUCUGUCUGACUUCAACGUCUAAGUUGACAAUAUUAAAACUGAUCAGAAUCGUUUGCUUGUUUUCCUCAUGCUUUUCUCAAGGAAGCUUUUACAUUUUGGAUUAUCACUGGCAUAUGUGUUUCUAUUUAUUUCAUCGUUACGUUCACGCAUAGAUGCUUAGUGUUCUCCAUUCUUGCCAGUUUGUUCCGUUGGAGUUAUCGUUAAAAGAGUGGCGAUAGAUGAGGGUGACGACCAAUAUUUAAAAAUCGGCGUCUUAUUUUCGACUACCGAUGCAUUUUGUAGUUGAAGCAUCAUUGGAAAUCGAGUUGUAUACUAGAGACCAGUAUUAAGAAAUAUAUUUCAGAACAGUAUUAUAUCUAAUAAUAUACUUAAUAACAAGGAUAGUGAAUAAUUUUGACAAAGCGUUUGGUUCGUACGCCGUACUUUUUUUACUUAAAACGACCAGAGCAUACGAAAAGGAAAUACGAAGAUAACAUUGAAGCCAUAAAACAGAAAAGACAGAUAACAAGCGCAAUGAGAAUAUUACGGAUAUCAAUUAUUGAAAUUACAUAACGUACGCAACUACGGAAGUCUGACCGUUUAAUAGGGCAAAAAACAAUCGAGUUUUCUCCAUGAUAAUAACCAUUUCUAGAAUCUUUUUCUCGUGCGGCACCACUAUAAUUCCAAUUAUAUCGACCAAUCGCGACUGAUAAAUACGUAGUUCGAGAGAAAAACUCGGCGGUAUGUAUUGAGAUUUCGAAACACGAAAGUAUUAACGAUACGCGGCAAGCGUCAUCAACUUAAUCGCCGAACGAGAUGAUUUGUCAAACUUAUUUAUUGUAGCUUUAACAUAAGUAGGCGAUAGCUUAAUGUUGUUUAGCUGUGAUAUCUCCAGCGUACGCGUACGUACAGAGUUCCUAAUGUUUUAUACAUAGGCGCAUUACUUAUUGUAAGUGGCGUACGUUCACGCGUACUAUACGUAUUUAGAUGUAACCGCAAGAGUUUCACUUUUUAUUUUAUUCUUCUUGAGUUUCUCCCUCUCCAGUCUGUAGAAUCUCGUAUCGUCGCGGGCGCGACAAAUUUAUCUUUCCGCGAUUAGCUUCUUAGUUGCUUUCAAGCGUUUCGAAUGUGGAAAAAAGCGAAGAAAAAGUGAAAUAAAAGAUGACGUCGUUCUCGAACCAUUUUUCUUUUCGUUUCUUUCGUUUUCACGGGCGGACUUUGGUCGUGCGACAAAGAGACGUCUCCGUUAGCUAAGCCACGUAUAUCAAGGGACCAUUACGAACCGUAAGAGUUGUUUGUAGGUACAUGCUCGCGUUGAACUCGACCGCGAGCGAUCGUCGUGCGACGACAGACAGCAUUCUCCUUCUCGAAUGAAAGUGCAUACUGCGUAUUAAAGACAAUCAGUGUUUUCUAUUGAACCAGUACUUAGGCAUACUAGUACUUUAAAGUUAGAUAUUUUUGUACUUGGUAUUCACACGCGAUGUGAUACUGAACGUUUUUAUACACGUGCACUUAGACAUUAAGAA